AAGAAACAACGCAAAGCCGUUCCCAAAAAAGGCUUUGAAUCGGAGGAAAACCAGGUCGACCCCGGAAACGGGUGUUUAAACGAAGGAGAAGAUGCGACAGCUGAUGGAAUGGGGGAGCAGAAAGAUGACGAGUUUUUGCUGGACGAGGUUUUACGUUUGGGAGGAACUCGAGCAGACUACGUCUUACUCGCCAGCGUGGACGACUCUAAUGAGCUUGUUGAUGGAGGUAAGAAAGGGACGAUAGAUGACCUGGAGGAAGGCGAAUUGGAGAAAUUUAUCACUAAGUUAGGCAUCCGUGCAUACGCUGGACAACAGGUCAUUGCAGAUAAGCCGGAGGAUGUAGAAGCUGCAAACACCAACGAAGAGGAGAGCAAAAAAGCUCAAGUCAAGAAAUCUCCAGCGGACAAUGAGGUAUCCAAAGCUUCGCCCAAGGUUAAUGACCAACAGAAGGACACAAAGAAGACAAAAAAGUCUGACUCCAGGAAUGGCGUUGGUCUGAUAAGCGCCGGGAAAAAAAACAAACUGAACGUGAAUUUAUUUGAGUUUCAGCCCAGACAGGUGCUGCUGGUCAAAGCGGGAGGGAAGUGGUAUGAUCAGGAUUACACCACGGAGGGCUCAUCAGAACCUCAAGAUGAGGCUUUGGUCGCCAAGUAUAAGGCUCUGGCCCAGAAGCUGUUUGAAGCAGAGACGGCACUUUAUAAGAACAAGAAGACUCUGCAGAAAGGAGCCAACUCUGCUUGGAUGAAGACAGUGGUCUCUGCCGGCACACUGGCAGACAGGAUGGCGGCCAUGACAGUUUUGAUCCAGGAUGCCCCGGUCCACACUUUGGAGCAUGUGGAGAGUCUAGUUGCCAUGGUGAAGAAGAGUGGAAGCCGCAGGAUGAGUCUGAUGGCUGUGGAUUCUUUACGAGAGCUCCUGUUGUCAGACCUCCUCCCAGAGAACCGCAAGCUACGCCCAUUUUCCCAGCAUCCCUUCGACCAGCUGGAGGAGAGAGCCAGCGGAAACCGGGACUCCCGUGACCGCCGUCUUGUCCUCUGGUACUUCGAACACCAACUGAAGCACCAUGUGGCCGAAUUCGUGGCGACACUGGACGGGAUUGCCCACGACACUGUGCCGGCCACGAAGGCCAAGGCGCUGACCACUGUGCACGAGCUGCUGUGCCACCGGCCCGAGCAGGAGCGGGCGCUGCUUGUCCAGCUGGUCAACAAGCUGGGAGACCCUGAGUACAAAAUGGCUGCCAAGGCCUCCUACCUACUGGAGAUGCUGCUGCACCAGCACCCCAACAUGAAGCCGGUGGUAUGCAGUGAGGUGGAGCGGCUGAUGUUCCGGCCCAACAUCAGCAGGAAGGCGCAGUACUACGCCAUCUGCUUCCUCAGCCAGGUGCUGCUCAGCCAUGAGGAAGCAUCGCUGGCCAGCAAACUAAUCACCAUCUACUUCUCCUUCUUCCGUGCCUGCAUCAAGAAGAAGGACGUGGAGUCCAAGAUGCUCAGCGCCCUCCUGUCGGGGGUGAACAGGGCGUACCCGUACGCCAAAACCGGGGAUGAGAAGGUCAAAGAGCAGCUGGAUACCCUGUUUAAGGUGGUUCACCUGGUGAAGUUCAACACGGCUGUGCAGGCGCUCAUGCUGCUCUUCCAGGUCAUGGACUCGGAGCAGACGGUGUCGGAUCGCUACUAUGUAGCUCUCUACAGGAAGUUGAUGGACCCCGGCCUGUAUUCCUGCUCCAAGCAGAGCAUGUUCCUCAACCUGGUCUACAAGUCUCUGAAGGCCGACAUCGUCCUGCGGCGCGUCAAGGCCUUCGUGAAGCGGCUGCUGCAGGUCAGCUGUGAGCAGAGUCCCACCUUCGUGUGCGGCGCGCUCUUCCUGGUGUCAGAGGUCAUGAAGUCCAAGCCAGGCCUCAGAUUGCUGCUACAGGAAAGCGGGGACAAGGAAGAGGAGAAUUUCAAAGACCUCGCCGAAGAGGAAGAUGACGAGGAAGAGCGCUUUGUGGAUGCCGACAAGAUGGAGGAAGGACAGAGUACCGAAGCAGAACCGUGCAGACCCGCAGCAUCGUGGGUACACCACCAGAACCUGGAAGGUGGGAAGAGCCGGGAGACCUACGACCCCUUGCACAGAAACCCUCUGUACUGUGGUGCCGACCACUCCACCCUGUGGGAGUUACAGCGGCUCUCUCUGCACUUCCACCCCUCCGUGUCACUGUUUGCAAAGACGAUCCUGCAGGGGGACUUUAUUCAGUAUACAGGAGACCCUCUGCAAGACUUCACCCUCAUCCGCUUCCUGGACCGCUUUGUCUUCAGAAACCCCAAGCAGCUCAAAGGAAAACGAAACACAGACGCAACGGUAAUGCAGCCCAAACCGAAUUUAUCGAUGAACAACAUCCGUUUACUACCAGUGAACUGUGCAGAGUUUCUGUCUAAAGACGAGAGCCAGAUCCCCGUCGACCAGAUCUUCUUCCAUCGGUUCUUCAGAAAGCACGAGAUGGAGAAGCGGCUGCGUUUUCCACGACGUGAUGGAGACGACGAGAGCGUGGCCGAUGUGGAUGAUGACGAGUUUGAGAAGGUCCUUGACUCGUAUGAAGGAGACAGUUACUUCACAAAUCUGCCAGAUGACAGUCUGGACUUCGCGAGCAACAUGGACAAAGAGAAGAGCAAGAGUGAGAAAGACUUGAAUGAAGACUCGGAUGACUCGGACAUGGACGACCUGGAUGAUGAGGAGGUUUCUCUGGGCAGCAUGGACGAAGACUUUGAGGACCUGGACGAUGAAGGAGGGGUGUUCAUGGAUCCAGAUGGAGAGGAGGAUGAUGAAGAGAUGGAGGACGACAAUGAGGAGCCAGAUAGCCGCCCAUCUACCAGGAAGAGGAAGUCUGAGGACCUCAGUGGUUCUUCAGGUUCAAAGGUCGAGAAGAAAAAGAGAGCGAAGAGGAAUACAGCCAUGUUUGCUUCAGCUGAAGAGUUUGGAGAUUUGUUGGAUGAGAACGCUGGCUCCAAGAUGGAUAACACAGGUGUGAACGCAGUGGCCAACAAAGACAAAGCAGCGGUGAAGCAGCUGAAGUGGGAGGCUCAGCGGGACGCCUGGAUCCACGGCCGCGACGCCAAGACGCUGCGAAGGAAGAAAACUGUGUUCAAAAAGAAGAAGAUGGUUGGCAAAUCAAAAAUGGGGAAAAGGACUUUCAAUAAAAAAAAAUAA